AUGUCGGCUACAAAGGCCUCUAGAAUAGGGGAGGAAAUAUGGAAGACGAGAAUCGAUAAAGUCAACGCGGAGCUGGUCACAUUAACCUACGGUACUAUCGUUGCGCAACUAUGCCAGGACUAUGAUAGCGACUAUCAAGAAGUGAACAAACAAUUGGAGAAGAUGGGCUACAAUAUCGGGAUGCGGUUGAUUGAGGACUUCCUGGCCAAGUCGGGAGUGGGUCGAUGCGCCAAUUUCCGUGAGACGGCUGAUAUGAUUGCGAAGGUCGGCUUCAAGAUCUUCUUGAACGUAGCGCCAACAGUCACCAAUUGGACAAGCGACAAUAACCAGUUCUCCCUAAUUUUCGACGAGAACCCGCUGGCGGACUUUGUCGAGUUACCGGAUGACGGGCGCGCACAAGACGAAUUGUGGUUCUCGAAUAUCCUUUGCGGUGUGCUGCCCUCCCCUGUCUUCAGCUCGGACCCAUGCACCUUAACCUUUACGUCGGGACCGAUCGCUGCUGCUCGCUCUGACCGCGCUGACGUUGAUCCCGGGAUCCAGGUUCAAAUGCAGAUCGAGGCGCACUUUGUGAGCGAUGUGCUCCGCGGCGACGACACGACGGAGAUGCGAGUGUCGCUGAUACGAUACAUUGAGGACGAGAUGCCGCCGGAGGAGGAUUGA